UCCAGGUUUACAAGGGAGCUUUAAAUACGGUGUGAAUUCAAGUCAUCUGCAAGCCAACUUGCAGCUCCUGUCAAGAUGCUCCUGUCCACAGUCCUUGCCUCUGUUCUGCUCCUCUGCACUGUGGCCAGCCAGGAGUGUUUUAGCUUUAUGGGGAUCAGUGAUGUCAGGUACCUCAUUGACAAAGUGCAGAAACAACCCCCUUCAAGCUGCAGUUGCAGCGCCAAUGUGACCGACUGUUUGUGUCUGCCCAUUCCUUCUGACAACUGCACCACACCAUGCUUCCAAGAGGGUCUGUCCCAGUUGAUCAACUCCACAGUGGGAGCAAGAUACCUUCUGAUUUUCAAUCGAGUAAAAAGAACAGUCCAAGACCUAAAGAACAAGUGCAAGUAUUUCUCCUGUGAACAGCCAUGUAACCAAACCACAACAGGCAACACGCUGAUGUUUCUGAGGAGUCUCCAGGAAAUUUUCCAGAAAAAAAAGGGAGUCACAGUAUGA